AGGUGGUUUGAAAUCCUUUUCAAAUCGCAUUUCCGGAAAUCCAUUUCAGUCUGACCGCCCUGAUCGCAUUUGUGUAGCUUUUCGGUUACGUCAUGCUGUCACGUCACAUAAAACACGUCAGACGUCGAGGCAGAUUGUCGUGCCAGCUCGACAUCAUUGCCAUAGAAACGGUGCAGAUAAUCUGGAAAAUGGCUACAGGACGCACAGAUCGGAUCUGAACAGUUGUGAUACACAAUGUGGACAGUGAGUCUGUCAAAUUGGAUAUGCACCAAAAUCAGAUUUGGACUGACAGUGUGAACAAGGUAUUAGUCUUGAUAGAGAGGCUGCAAACAGCAGGGAACGUGUCACACUUCAUGUGUUGUCGGUUUCAAAGAAGCGAAAAAAUCAUAGAUCAACUGUUGGCCAAUUCCUUAGUGUGGUCCAAAGGCUCCAGAAUAAAUAACAUUUAAAUUAAACUGGCCAUCAGCGCAAUUCAAUUAGUUUGAUAGAGCAAGGGAAAAUAGAUCUCUAAAAUAGAAGUACUUUUUGACUGUAAAUAAAAUUGUAAGGAGUAAAAAGUACUUUUUUUCUUAAAAAAAUGUUAUUAAGUAAAGUAAAAGUACUGAUUUUGAAUUGUACUCAAGUAAAGUAAAAAUCACCAAAAAUAACACUUAAGUACAGUAAUCAAGUAAAAUUACUCAAGUACUUUACACCUCUGUCUGUUUUGUAAACUUAAAAACGAGUGACUGCGUUAAAAGUUGUUGAUUUAGUCUAUGUAGAGUAAAAUGUGAAACCCAAGCUAAAUCUACUGUACAAAGAGAACAAAAAAAGGCCAUUAACAAACAAACAUUAAGGAAUUUAAAUCCCUCCAAUAAAGGCAACGUUUUAACUGGUAUUACUUUACUUUAACUGUCAUACACUGCGUAGUCUUAACAGUCGUUAAUUGUCAUUGUCCUCUUCCCCAUUUGUGGGGUUUUGCGCGGCUACAGUAGCUGUGGGCUCAUCUUUCUAAAUUCUGCGCUACUUUAUUCCCACGUACUGAGGGAUUGGACAAAAGGUCGCUGUAUAAGUGUGCACACUGAUGAUGGCACAGAUGGGGUACCCACGCUAACAUACUCAAAAGAACAAAAAGAGUUGCAACUGAACGCAUCAGGAGUAAAACACACCCUCUCAUAGGGGAAUGGGGCGCGUGCAGGGCACGUACUGAUCACACGACGCGACACAGCGACUCUGACGCUCCCUUGUGUUCAUUCCACUAGUCAUUAACGAGAAAAAAUAUACAAUACUGUCUAAAAGAAAAUAUGUUUAAAUAAAGCACAUAAAAGCAACUAAAAACGACUGUGCAUCUUAUGCUGCUAUUGUUUGUAUCUUGCCCUUACACUUUUUUGACACAUUCUACUACAUUAAUUUAAGCAACAGCAAAAUUAUAAUGUAGGAUACUGUGAAAUUAAAUUUAUUUUCAGAGAUCACGAAUUAAUAAUGGCUAUUUAAUAUUUAAUCUAGGCUACUAUAUAUCCAAAACUAAGGGAUAGCGGCUUGCCAAUGUGUGCGCAAAAUAACGGAAUAACGCUUCACUUUUGUUUGAUCAUUUGUAAUUCAAAACCAUUGGCGAUGCUCAUGCAGAUGGGUCACUGACGCCAGAAAUGCUUUUAAAAAACAGCAUGAGACUGAAAAUUUAAAGAUAAAGAAACGGUACAAGCCACUGGAUCACCAAAAGGGGGGUUAGCUGAGAGGAGGCCAUCUGGAGACCUCUCCAUGACGCGUGCUGGACGCGUGGAUCCCAUGGGGUUACAAGGACUCCCAGUAGAAAAUAUCUUACAACCUAUCAUCGGACAAACGUCUUGUGUGUGUUUUCAGGCAGUAAAGAAGUCUAGCAAAAGAUUACCUUAAAAAAGCCAUUAUUGAUAUGAAAACCAACAUUCAUUGGUUUUACACCACCCAAACUGCGAAGCUAACAAAAAUCCACGAAGAUUCUUUUAUUAAAAAAAGAUAACGCUACAUUCAUUCAAUAUACGUUUGGUGAUCCUAUAUCGGUUUGCAUGGUGAUUUGCUGGGAGACGCGUGCGCGUAACCCCUCCCCAUGAAUGACAGAGCUGCAGGUGUAAACCAACGUCAUCAUAAAAGAAAAAAAACUAUUGUUGGUCACAAUUUACAGACAGAUGUUACGUUGAAACGGCGUGGCUUGGGAAUCUGUCUGUUUAAUUUAAAUUAUAAAUGCUUAUCCCACCCUAAACCAAAUCCUAACCCCCCUGUCCUCCUACGUCAUCAACACCCCUUCCGUUGAAACGCGUUGAUUUCUAGAUUCAUAAAAUACAACGGUCAAAAUUCAUUGUCAAUGAAACGCACAAUUUAUUUAAAAAUCUUGUAAAAACAUAUGUAUAUUCUUUUCACGCCUCUAAUAGUUAAUCUGAGCUUGGCAGUGAGAAUUUGAAAUGAUUAGAACCGCUGUACUAAAGACAAGUAUCACAAGUAAUAAAAAGCUUUAAAAUAACUACAAUAAAACUAUAGUUGAUAUACAUCCCAUCCUUAUCCUUUAACCAGCGAAAAGAAUGACAAAUAUCCACUAUUUUGUAUGAACCAUAUGUUGAUUUAUAAAUGUUAUAAUGAGACUUAACAAUAUAUAUGUCUAAUAUAGACCUAUAUAUAAUUUAUACAAGCUACAGACAGACGCGUUCUUUUGUUCUGCAUUCUGAAGUUAUUUGUCCAAAUGAGUUUGUCUGUAGCGUGGGGGGCGUGCCCAUGACGCGCGGACCAGAGAUAUAAACCCCGCGCAGACCCUCAGUUCGCCACAAACAGAUCUGCUCGCAACACUUCAGCAUGACUCCCAACGCUACUGCUGCACCUGCCCUGUCUUAUGUGCCUCGCACCGUGGCCAUGAGGAAAGAGGCAAACGAACUGAGAAAAACCCUGAAACCUUUACUGGAGAAGAGACGCCGAGCGCGCAUCAAUGACAGCCUCAACCGAUUAAAAGCGCUCAUCCUCCCUCUUACCGGCAAAGAUAGCUGCCGUUAUUCUAAAUUGGAGAAAGCUGAUAUUUUGGAGAUGACUGUGAGAUUUCUCACUGAUGCUCAACCCGUCCAACCUAAAGACAGUACUGAUGGAUUUGAAGAGGGGUACCGCACCUGCCUGCAGCGCGCUUCUGCGCUUCUGCCGCAAACCAGCCUGGACGCCGAGAAGCGCCAGUGCGUUAACGCGUUCAUUCAGCGCGCGAUGAAGCCCACCAAACCAGCCUGCCAAAACUGCUGCGCGCAGAGCUCAAGAUUUAUGUCACAAAUACAAGAGAAACUGUUGAACUUGAAAUCCUGCAGCUCAAAAACCGUAAACAGCGACAAAAGCAAGGCUACGACUCUCAUCCGACCUCAGCCUUCAUCAGUCAUGACAAAUGCUCAAGUAUGGAGACCUUGGUAGAUGCCUCCAUGCAAAUGACUUUUUAUAUAAUUCAAGCAUGUUACGUCUGUGUAUAUUUACGGUCAGUCUGUAGAGUCUUGUACAGUUUGAUGAAAUGUUACGAUUAACGAGUCGCAUAUAAGUAUUGUAUACUUGUUUUAUCCCAAUCCAGUGUAUAGUAGCGGGACGCACCCGUUCAGAUGGUUUUGUUUUCUUGGAUCCUGCGCGUAACGUGUACAUAACGCGGUUAGAUUUUUACUCCUCUCCGCGGGGUUUAAAUCGUCGGUGGCUCUUGAAAACGCCAAAGUAAAACCCCGAGGGUUGUUAAUUGUAAUACAUUUGCACUUCAGACUUCACUAUGUUGGGAUCAGUGCAGAUUAUUAAAAAUGUAAGCACUUUGUGUUGUUCAAUAAUGUCUCUUUUGGGGGGAUGUGCUAUUAUUUAUUGUGUUAUGCCACACUUUAUAAUAAACGUAUGGGCUACACAGCUGUUUGUGUUCUGCGUCAUUCUUUCAGAGAAAAUGGCAAAUAAAAUGAAUAAAUCAUUAUUAAGCACGAUAUAAAGAUAAAUUAACGUAGUUCUGUGUGUUACGAAAAUGUGGAUAUUUUCUGUGGUAAAAGUGUAUAUCCAUGUUUUU